AUGGAGCCAUGCGCGAAAGAAGGUGUUAAUUCCGCAGAAGAUGUUGCUAAUAAGGAUAACUCGGUUUCUGUUAUUAUUUCCAACCCGGAAGUUCUUGAUUGCUGCAACUGUUUUCAACACUUAACUAUUCCAGUCUUUCAGUGUGAUAAUGGACAUUUUGUUUGCUCUACCUGCUGUUCUAAACUUUGCGAGUGUCCCAAAUGCUCAUUGUGCAUUAGCUCAAAACGCUGUAAAGGUAUUGAGAAUAUUCUGCAAUUUACCCUAAUGUCAUGUCCGAAUGAAAAAUAUGGUUGCACGGAGAAAAUAAGUUUUGGUGGAAAGAGAAAGCAUGAAGAAGAAUGCAUCUAUGCACCUUGUUACUGUCCACUUCCAGAUUGUGACUUUGUUGCAUUAUCAGAAUUGUUUUCCAACCAUUUCAGCCAUAGACAUGGGGAUUCACUUAUUAAAUUUUCUUAUGGUCGCUCUUUCAUUGUAUCCUUGAAGUCUAAUGAUAAAACCAUUGUUCUUCAAGAGAAAAAUGAUAACAAAAUAUUUAUUCUCAAUAAUAGUACUAUGCUUUUGGGAAAUUCAGUCAAUAUUAGCUGCAUUGGUCCUAACUCUUCUGAGGCUGAGUAUGGUUGCUCUAUAUUGGCUGGAUCCAAGAAAUGCAGUCUAAAAUUGUAUUAUUUUCCGAAGAACGUCCAUCGGGUUACUUUAGCAAGUCAUUCAUCAGAGCUACUUGUGAUUCCAUCUUGUUAUUUUGGUUCAUCUAAAUUUGUGAAGCUAGAAAUUUGCAUAACCAUUUUGUUGGCAAUUGUUAUGCAGUAUCUGACUGGAAAGACGACGCUUCUGAAGGUUGAGAGUUCUGACACGAUAGCCAGUGUGAAGGAGAUUCUGAUGGGCAUGGAAGGCGUACCAGUGGACCAGCAACAACUGAUCUAUGGUAGUAAGCAUCUAGAUGACAACUGGACCAUUGCAGAUUACGGCAUCCAAGAUAAUUCAACUCUCCACAUCGUCCUUCUCCGUCGAUGA